AUGACUGCGGUCAACUACGUUGAUAAAUACUGCGGGCUGAUAUGUUUUUCUUUUCAAGUCCUCACGGGCUUUACGGUGGCGUCGUUGACAGAGGAUGCAUAUGGCACACUACAGCAGGAUAUCCCAAAAGUACUCGAGUGCCUCACUAGCACACUAUUGGCGCUCGAAGAUUAUGAAAGAGAACUCAAAACUGGUCAUACUGAAUUAACAGAUGACAUGAACGAGGUGAACGAUGCUAUAUUUGAGGUCGUGGUACCGUUGAUGGAUGAUAUAAAAAUGUGCCUGGGAGAAAUCAUUGCCGUAUUUGGAGAUCGUUUGAAUGUGUUUAGACUCCCGAUGCCAGUUGCCCGACGGCUCCAGUUGCUCGUUGAUGUGUCUUAG